GGCAAUCAUUGUCUAAAAUAGGUUAUCAUUCUCACAUUUUUGUGGUUGGUACAUCGAAUUACUGAAAACCGGUAUGUCGACAACAGCCCAGUAAAACAGUUCGGUGGUUUUUAGUCGAAAAACUUCCUUUUCCGUUUUCUCCACUGGCAGAAGAUGAGUAAGAUUUCCAGAGACAACCUCGUGGAGGCCAUUGGCCUAGUAAUGGCUGGUGCCCGAAAUGACAAAGGGGAGCCGCGCAGGAAGUUCACCGAGUCUGUGGAGCUACAGAUCUCCCUGAAGAACUACGAUCCUCAGAAGGACAAGCGUUUUGCUGGCACUGUCAGACUGAUGCACGUUCCCAAGCCCAAGAUGAAGAUUUGCAUCCUCGGAGACCAGGUACACUGUGACCAGGCCAAGGCUAACGACCUGCCAUGCAUGAAUGCGGAUGACCUCAAGAAGCUCAACAAGGACAAAAAGCUGGUGAAGAAACUUGCGAGGAAAUACAGUGCAUUCUUGGCUUCUGAAACACUGAUCAAGCAGAUCCCCAAGAUCCUGGGUCCCGGCCUCAACAGAGCUGGCAAGUUCCCGGCUCCCAUGUCCCACGCUGACUCCAUGGUUGGCAAGGUGGAGGAAACAAAAGCCACCAUCAAGUUCCAGCUGAAGAAAGUACUGUGUAUGGCCACCUGCGUGGGUCACGUUGCAAUGACAGAGGACCAACUGUACCAGAACAUCUCCCUUGCCAUCAACUUCCUGGUCUCUCUGCUCAAGAAGAACUGGCAGAACGUACGUGCUCUCUACAUCAAGAGCACCAUGGGCAAGGCUCAGAGAAUCUACUAGGCCCCGAUUCUUGGUGCUCAUCCUUGUCACAUUGGACUGAACUUGCUUGUAAUGAGAAUAAAGUCAACUGUGAUA